AUGUCUGAGGAAGCAUCCCUUGCUGGUUACCUCCUCUCCAGAGCUUUCCAGCGCCUCUGGGACUCCUCCCACCUCAUCUUGCAAGAGCUGCUGGACCAAGAGCAGCCCCUGCUGGAACCCGUGCCCCACCGGGAGCGGCAGUCCUUCCGGUACAGGCUCUCCUCGCUCUACCUGUACUACCUGGGGCUGCUGCGCCGGUUCGACACCCUCCAUGACCAGACGGUGCAGCCGCAGAAGCGGCGGCUGCUGGACGGCGUGGCGGGCCGCGUGCUGGAGCUCAAAGACGAUCUGGUUCGCGUGGACCUGUGCGAGACCCCCUGCCUGGACCAAGUGCUGCAGGACUUAAAGCUCAGCCCGGCAGACCUGGAGGUUCCAAUUCCCAAAUACUUCCAGCUGGAGCGGUCCAGCGUCCUGAGGGAGCGAGGGCAUAUGCUGGCAGACCUCCUGUCCAGACUAGAGCCAGUGUUCUCUGAGGAGAGCUUUCCAGUAUUACCUCGGACGGAGGCCGUAAUCCUACUGCAAAGGGCCGAGCGGGCCAGGCAAGGCAGGCUUCGAGCCACCUUCAUGCGAGAGAUUCGGAAAGAGGAGGAGCGAGAUCAAAAGAUUCGGGAGGAAGGGCAGCCCAGGUUCAGUCAGGACAAAGCAGCGAUCAUCAUACAGAAGGUGUGGAAAGGUUACCAGCAGAGGAAACGCACUCAGCAGGACCGGCGGACGGAGAUGGAGUUCAUCGGCAUGCUCCCCUCGUCCAGCCAGGCGGAGCACUCGGCCGUCAUGUCCCAGGCCAGCCUCGGGGAGGAUGUCCGGAGGCUCCUCCAGACGGAGAAGGGGGAGGCGUUCCAGUCGGCCAUGGUGAAGACCCACGAUGCCCUCAGGGAGAUGGAGGGGCCCGACAUGAGAGAGAAAAUGAAGGAGCAAAUCCGACAGUGGUUUAUCGAGUGCCGUGCCCUUACUGGCCGAUUCCCUGAUUAUCCAGAUGAGUCUUUAGGUGGAUCCUACCUGAUCUUUGCAGACAAGACUCCAGAACAGGUGAAAAUGGAACUGGAGGCGCAGGUCCAGGAGAGCAAAAAAAAGGACCAGAAGAAAAGUAAGGGAAAAGAAAAGGAGAAAAAGGAGAAGAAAAGGAAGGGAGACAUGACCAGGAAGGGGGAAGCAGAUACGAUGCUGAGAUUGCUGCCCUCCAAAUCCAUCCCUGUGAUUAAUGCCGGACACGAGGAGUACACAAAUCUGUGGAAGAACCGGUUUGAUAGCCUACAUCCCAAUCAGAGUUUUGACUCCGAGAUCCUCCAGGUGGAGAAGAGGAAGGAAGUGGAGCAAGAGAUCCGGAUACAGGUAGAUGAGCUGAUGCAUCAGGAGCUGAAGAACCUGCGGCUGGCCGUGGACAAGGAGGAGGGGAGACCUUCGAAGCCUCCGAAGAAAAAGAUGGGCAAGAAACCUGAGAAGAGGAAGAAAGAAAAAGAUCUGACCCCAGACAGGUCUGUGGACUCCCUGUUUGAAGAGCUCAUCAUCUUUGGCCUUCUAAAGAAGUGCGAGACAGUGGCUUUGAAAGACUAUGUUGGUGACUGCCUCUGUCUUGGAUCAACUCUGAAUUUGGCAAACAAGCUGCCUAUGCCUUCCCUGUUUGAUACACGACAGAACGUGGCCUUGUAUGGGGUUCUGCGGCUUGGCUCCCCAGACAUACACUCCACGGCCCCCCUCAUCCGCUCCAUCCUCCUGGUGGGCCCCUCCGGCAGGGGGAAGAAGAUGCUGGUCAAGGCCAUGUGCACGGAAACCGGUGCCAACCUUUUCGACCUGUCACCUGGCAACCUGCAGGGCAAAUAUCCCUGCAAGACCGGGGUGCAGAUGUUGGUGCAUAUCGUCUUUAAGGUGGCUCGGUACCUACAGCCCUCUGUGAUCUGGAUUGGGGAUGCGGAGAAGAAUUUCUAUAAGCGAGUCCCAAAAGAAGACAAGGAGAUGGACCCCAAGCGAAUAAAGAAGGCCCUCACCAAGGCCCUGCGACUGCUGAAUCCUGGAGACCGCGUGAGGCUGAUGGGGACCACUGACCGGCCGCAGGCGGCUGAGAUGAAGGGGCUGUGCCGCACCUACGAGUGGGUCCUCCUCCUGCCGCGGCCCGAUUACGCUUCUCGCUAUGUGCUCUGGAAGCAUAUGAUAGAGGCCCAGGGGGUCCAGGUGACCCAGAGCCUGGACGUCAGUGCCCUGGCCAAGGUGUCCGAUAGCUACACACCUGGCCGCACUCGCCAGGCCAUCCAAGCAGUGCUGACGGAACGGCGGCUCCUGCAAUUGUCCAAGCGGCCCCCGGUGGCCUCAGAGUUCCUGGGGCACCUGGCGAAGCUGGACCCAGUGUACAGGGAGGAGGAGGAGUCCCUGAAGGACUGGAACUUCAAGACCCCGCUGGGCAAGAAGAGGAUGAAACUUAUCAAGGACCAAGACGCCACCGAGGGAGCCAGGCUGGCAAAGGAGAAGAAAAGGAAGUGA